AUGUGUGCCAUUAGUUUGCGCUUCGCGACCGACUACCCGGUUGUGCCCAUCGCCCUCGGCGCCUCCAUCGCACUCACCGCCUUUGGCGCGUACAUUUCGACAGGCUCGCCGCGCUGGAAGGGCGCGCCGAGUCUGUUCGGACACAAGAGCAGCAGCAUGUGCGUCCACCACGGUGAUGCCUCUCGACUGGGGGUGACGUCUGGCGUCUGCACGUCCACAAAGACGCCGUGGGCCACUAGCAAGGAGGACGACGACGCGCAGCAGCACCAGCAGCUCAUUAUUGAAGAGGGCGAUCUGAAGUUGUUGACCGAUGGGGAGCACCACAACUUCCUCCAAUUGCCGGACCACGGCCCCCACCGUCAGAAGUAUCGUAAUCAUAUGGAUCCUCUCCCCCCUCUGUCGCAUCCUUGCUCCGAGAAUGCCGCUGUUUAUGAAUUCUGUUACCCAGCCGCACCAACGCGAGCAGCGGUGAGUUUCACUUCGGGGGUUGCUAGCAGUUACUGCCUCCAUCGGAGUUGGAACGGGUAUUUCAGCAGUAGUAGAAGCAGCAGCAGCAGCAGUACUAGUGGAAGUGGAAGCAGAAGUAGCAGCAGCAGAAGUAACAACAGCAGCCGAAGUAGCGGCGCCAAUACACCAACGGCUCUACUCUCGAGCUGUGCAUCGCGUCAAGGUGUAUCAGUACUGGAUCCACGCGACACGAUCCGCUCACCGCAGAGUGUUUUUGCAGGUGAUUCCCACCUCAGUGGGUUCGACUGGAACCCUAUGUCUCCAGUGGCAUCGAUGCCAUCUGCUCGAGCUGGCGACGCGUGCGAAAUCUCUGAAGGGGUCUCGAUAUCCGAGGCGUCCUCUGUGAUACCACCUGGGCGAAAUAGGGACUCACUGGCAGUUGCAAAAGGAUGCUCCUCCCACUGCUGCCUCGUUCCUCCCGGUGCUUCCGUGUCACGAACACGUAGGUACGACUGGAGACGACAUUUUGGUGACUCUGUAAAUGUAACGGGUGGUAGACUGCAGCAGACGCUCUCACAUCUUGUAGGCGCGGUGGCUGUGAGCCAUACACCGUGCGCUGGAACAACAGAGGACGAAGCGGAAUGUGAGGAAGGCUGGCCUGGGCCACGGCUGUCGCCGUCACUUAUCCCCAUACCCCACGACACCGACGGCGCUGCGGACCAUGAUACAUUGUUGGCGUCUCAUGACCAUGGCGCCGUGGAGUCUGCGGACAAUAACGAUGUGGCGUCCAACUGGAGCGACUCACACGCGGCACCGGAGCUCGUCGCGACACCUAGUGAGGUACGUGGUGAGGAUCGGCAGGCGACACUCAGCCGACCGGCUCAGCUUGAGGCACAGCUGCGUAUUCUUGAAACGCGGCUCGAGCAGCAGCUGCGCGACUCGAUGGAGCAUUUUGUUUCGGUGAACCCCACGCAGAAGCAGAGUACAGAACCAGAUGCGCCUGCCCCUCCACGUGACGGUAGGCGGUGUGGCUCUGCCGACGCACCUCAAGUAGGAGGUAAGACCACAGCGCCGUUAAACUUGUGUGACACGCCACUGCAGCCGUGCCGAACGCCAGCCGCGGAGGGGAUUCAUAAAGAGACAGCGUCCACACCAAACCACCAGCAUGAUCGCCGCGUGGACGACGUCUUUGUGCAUCAUCGCGGCGACGGUGUGGCCUCAUAUUCACUAUCCCUGACGUACCACGAUGCCCAUGGCUCUUCGCGAACCAUUGAUACACACCCACUGCCACCAUUAGUAUUUUCACCACGGUCUACAGUCACCACACCGGGCAGCGCCGUCGUGACGGACGCAUCGGGGUCAUGUUGGCAGACUCCGUCCUCCCUCAGCCUGCAGGACGGCGUGCAGAGUUUAAGCCGUCCGCUCACCACGUCAUGGCACGGCGGCGCGCGGGGCAGUAGCAAGGAGCUCGCGGCACCGCUGCCAUCGUUAGAGUCGGUUACAGGACCGCGUCUGCAAGGUGUUGCUGGGAAGCGAGGCGAGCUUCGCAUCGGUGCUUUCUUAGGUGGCGGAUGGUGUGGAAAAGUCUACGAGUGUCUCAACACGGAAACCGGUGAGUUUCUCGCAGCUAAGCAGCUUGUAUACGAUUCCAAAGAUCCUAAAUUGCCAUAUCGGCUGAAACAAUUGGAGUUAGAGCUGGAGGUGCUAACCGUGGCGACGCAUCACCGCAUGCCGUGGAUUGUUGGCUUCCACGGUGCAGAGAAGCACGGUCAUUCGGUGCUUAUGUAUUUGGAGUAUUGCUCAAACGGAUCGCUGCUCGACUACAUGACGAGCCACGGUAUCGCAGUACCAGUAGCUCCAUCUUCGCGGCCGCCAUCAGUGGCGCUCCCUGGCAUGGGGACAUGUGUGGAGCGAAACUCCACACAGAUGCCUGUCUGUGGUGGCGUUUCACAAAACAAACAUCAGGACAAACACAAGAACCAGCCAUCGAGCACACGCGAAGGUGACUCGGAUGCAGAAAAACAACCUUUCUGCGCCCCCAGUUGCUUUCUGAGUGCCGCAGACCAUCUGCAAAAGAGUGGCGCAUUUCCUGAAAUGCCAUUUCUUGCCAUGGAGGAGGUGCAACACUUCACCUGGCAGACCGUUGAGGCUCUCCACUUCCUUCACACGCACGGGUACGCGCAUUUAGACGUCAAAACGGCGAACAUUCUUGUAACACAGGAUGGUGACGCACGGCUCGCUGACUUUGGCUGCUGCAUGCGUCUCAAGGCGUGUGCGGUGCCGCGCUGCUCCUGUGAGGCGCUGAGGCAGAAGGGCGAGAUGACAACGUGCAACUGCGCCGCGCUGGGGGAGAGGUGCGACGCCGCGGCGCCUACGUACCCGGUCCUCAUGGAGGACGAACCCAUCACAGAGCUGCGCGGCACGGCGCUCUACAUGGCCCCCGAGAUGAUCCGCUUCGAGUGCGAGCGCAUCGGCACCGCCGGUGACGUUUGGUCGCUGGGCUGUGUCGUGAUGGAGCUCGCGACCGGCGCUGCUCCAUGGCGCCACGUGGCGAGGGACAAGCUGCGCGUACUCUUCCGCAUCGGCUCCUCGCGCGAGGAACUACCGCUGCCGCCGAGCAUCGUGUACGCGGCGGGGGAGGCGCGGCGGUGGCUUGCAAGUCAAUCGGAUAGCACGAUGGAAACAUGCACUCACCCUCCUCCUUCUCAUGAUGACGAUGAUGAUGCUGCUGCCGCGGAGGUAGUGGGUGGAGAAUGGCGUAAGCGACGCCGCGUGGAGCAUACCACAAGUGAAGUGGAUACCGAUGUGGGCGCCGCACAUUUUCUUGCUGUUGACAGGAGCAGCUGGGAGGCUUGCCGCCAGCGCAUGCUUCUUUUUGUUGCUCUGGAGAAUUUCCUCUCACUUUGCCUGCGAAUUCGUCCAGAAGACCGUCCGAGUUGUGAGGACUUGCUGCAUCACCCUUUUCUAACCAUUGGCUGA